CAUCACUAGAGCCCGCCCCCUGUAGCCGGAACAGAAAGCUCAUUGGCUAUCACGGCCCGCCAGAGCUAAACGCUGAUUGGACAGGAUGUAGCUUAAGCCUUCCCGCCAGGCAUUUUGUGUUGAUUUGAUUGGCUGUUGAAGUGUCUUCUUUUUGUUGUCGUGGUCAACACGGAAACAGUCGUGAUGGGAAUUAAGGCUCUUUUUAGUGAUCCAGAUCAUUUGGCUCAGUUCACCAAGAAGAGAAGCCAGUGAAAGCGUUCGUCCAAUCAGGUGGGGACAGCCUGUGUCUAGUGACAGCCCAUCAAGCGUCCAAUGCCGGGAAGCGUCCUAUCAUUCAGCCUUGAAUUAAUUAAAGAAAGAAAAAAAAAAACGUCUCUCGGACGGGAGCCGGCUCCCAUCGUUCACUUAAAAGAACCGGCUCAAAGAACCGACUCGUUCGCGUCCACACAUCACAAGGAAGUAGACUUCAGCGUGGCUGCUAGUGAUCAAACAUCAAUAUCAAGAUCAAUAUAAAGAUCAAUUAAAUUGGUUUAACGAAUUCCUCCCCAGAAGACAAAGAGUCUGAAUACUAGCUGGAGAUGUGAUGAUGUAAUUGAAGGAGUUUUAACCAGCAGGAUGGAGCCCAGAGGACCAGAGACACCAGAGACACCCAGCAGAGCAGACAGACAGUUCACCUUUAAAGACAACAACAGAGACACCCUGUCUGUCUCCAUCCCUGAGGUUCUGGAUGCCCAGUAUGGGAUGUAUGUGUGGCCCUGUGCCGUGGUUCUGGCUCAGUAUCUGUGGACACAGAGACACCAGCUGAGAGACAGGACGGUGCUGGAGGUGUGUGUGUCUCCGCAGCUCGGUGCAGGUGUGAGUCUACCGGGCGUGGUGGCUGCCAGGUGCGGUGCGAAGGUGAUCCUGUCGGACAGCGCUGAGACUCCAGUGUGUCUGGAGAACUGCAGGCGCAGCUGUGAGGCCAACGGCCUCCGUGAUGUCGGCGUGCUGGGCCUCACCUGGGGGGAAGUCUCACCUGAGCUCGUUCUGCUUCCCGAGAUGGACAUCAUCUUGGGAUCGGACGUCUUCUACGAGCCACAGGAUUUUGAAGACGUCCUCCUGACUGUGUCUUUCCUUCUGAGGAAGAACCCCAGAGCUCAGUUCUGGACCGCGUACCAGGAGAGGAGUGCCGACUGGUCUGUUGAAGCGUUGCUCGACAGGUGGAAGCUGAACUGUGUCGACGUUCAGCUGGAAACCUUCGAUGCAGAUAAACCGGAGCUGGCUGGAUCGACUCUACCAGGAAACCACAGCGUCCUCAUGAUGAUCAUCACGCUGAAGACAGAAGACAGAAGACGUUGGACCGUAACACAUGAUUCAUGUCUCCCAGAGGACAUAAGGAGACGUUCAACUCCUCCGGCUGGUUACUGGAAUCACUAAAGCUCUCUGAAGGUGGACAACGUAAUAGUUAUAGUUAUGUGUUGUAAUAUAAUAUGUAAUAAAAGGUGUUGAUUAAAGUGUUUUCAGUCACUGAAA